CAAGAACGAUUUCGAUAUCAUCGUUCUAGCAAGAACGAUUCCGAAAUCAUCGUUCUAGCAAGAACGAUUCUGAAACAUCGUUCUAGCAUGAACGAUUCCGAAAUCAUCGUUCUAGCAAGAACAAUUUUGAAAUCAUCGUUCUAG